CCAUCGAACCUCAAAGAAAGUCCCGCCUCCCACUGGGCAUCUUCAACCAAUGAAUCUUCAGCCUCGCAGUGAUUGGCUCCUUAGUGGUCGCUCCUUGCCGGCGGCUCUGAGCUCUGCGGCGCGCGGCUCCCUCUCGCCGUUUUCGGGGAGGAAUCCCAGAUUCAAGCUGAAAAUGCCUGUGCUGUGGAUGAUGCGCCAGGUUUCCCGAACAGGGACUCCAAUGUGCCUGAGUCUUGCCCGUCAUCUUAGCAACACAGCUCCCAGAGCUUCCUACAAAUAUGUGAAUGCAAGGGAGGAGGCAACAGACAUGAAAUCAAUCACUGACAAAGCUGCACAGACUCUCCUGUGGACAGAACUUAUCCGAGGCUUGGCUAUGACCAUGAGCUACUUAUUUAGGGAGCCUGCCACUAUCAACUAUCCCUUUGAGAAGGGUCCCUUGAGCCCCCGCUUCCGAGGGGAGCAUGCCCUGCGCAGAUACCCAUCUGGAGAGGAGAGGUGUAUUGCUUGCAAGCUUUGUGAGGCUGUAUGCCCUGCUCAGGCAAUAACAAUUGAGGCAGAACCCCGUGCUGAUGGCAGCCGGAGGACUACGCGUUAUGACAUUGACAUGACCAAGUGCAUUUAUUGCGGAUUCUGCCAGGAAGCCUGUCCAGUUGAUGCCAUUGUGGAGGGUCCUAAUUUUGAGUUCUCUACUGAGACACAUGAAGAACUUCUAUACAACAAAGAGAAGCUACUCAACAAUGGUGACAAGUGGGAAGCUGAGAUUGCUGCUAACAUCCAAGCUGACUAUUUGUACCGAUGAUGGAGCACUUAAUUCAACCUUAACACAUCCUAACCAGCCAACUCCACCGAAGCACACCUGCAAUAAAGGACAUACACCCAUUGUUCGUUUUCCUGUGUUUUGAAGAAGCAGUAGUCCAUAAACUUUCUGAUAUUGUAGUACAGUCAUACUUGCAUGGGUGGGGAGAGGGAAGUAUCUGUCUUUUCUUUUAAGGGAAGAUUGUUGUACGAAAGGCAAAAUUAAAGUGCAGUACAAGGA